CCUCGAGAAAAAUGCACAAAUGUUGUUUUUAUCCUUCUAUAAAUAUCAAAAUGCAACUGAUGAAAUGAAAAAGGAGAGAGCGGCACAUCGUUAAAAAGUAGGGGGCAAGUGCACUGAGCAAGAUCAGCCUGCUGAGCCGUCUAUAUUGCUUGAUACAAACGGUUUCCAGGUCUUUUUUUUUCCUUCCUGUUACUGCUAUUCCAAAUGCUUGAGUUUCAUCCAUGCGCUCCAAACGAUAAAAGUUUCAAACUAGCUCAACGCGGCAACGAUUUGUUUGAACGUCAUCUCUACUUGGAUGCCACUCACGAAUACACGAAAGCCAUUGACCAUUCAGGGCAUAACAGCAACAAACCAUUUCUAGCACUGCUGUAUUCCAAUAGAAGCGCAAGUUACUGGCGAUCGCAUCAGUACGAGAAAGCGCGUGAUGAUGCUGAACGCGCAAUGGAAUUGGCGCCGACCUGGGGCAAGGGAUACUUCCGGUAUGCGGAAGCUCUGUUGAGACUGCACGAGUACGAUAAGGCUCUGGAAUACUAUCAACUUGCCUUGGAAAAGUCAGAUAACCACGCUGAAAUCAGCGCGCAUAUCGCCAAAGCGGUUAUAGAAAAAGAUAAUCAUUCAAUGGGAUUGUCAAUACUGCAGCUGAUUCCUGGUCGCGACAUUGCUAUUGAGCGCCAUUUUCGCAAUCCUAUUCAGAACCGGAUCUACGAAUUUGCCCACUUUAUGCGAAACAUCAUCUAUGUCGUAGCGGACGAAGAUACCAAACAAUGCGUGGUGGUGGAUGCAUGCUGGGAUAUGGAUGGUAUAUUUCAAAUGAUUGAAAAGCGAGGAUACACCAUUGUUGCAGCUGUAGUGACACAUUACCAUUUCGACCAUGUGGGCGGAACGCCUCCGCCUCCAUAUGACAAUAUACCUAUCAGGAUUGCAGGCCUGGCCACCUUGUUAAAAAAAUUACCCCAUAUCAAAGCCUAUGUUCACCUGGGCGACAUUCCCUUUAUUCGGCAAGCCAACCCCUCCAUUUCCGCGAACCGACUCGUUGCCACUUGCACCAACGUGACCGACACUUUAACCAUAGGCAAGCGAACGCGGAUUCGGUUUUUGCAUACACCUGGACAUACGCCGGGAUCCCAAUCAUUACUGAUCAAUGACGCGCGACUGAUUGCGGGUGAUACAUUAUUGUGUGGACUUUGUGGACGAACCGAUCUCCCUGGAGGAGAUCGAAAAAUCAUGGAACAUACAUUGCGAGAAGUAUUAGGCAAAUUGGAUGACCGCAUUGUGGUGUUUCCCGGACACGAUUAUGGUUCGGAAUGGUCAACGAUUGGUAUUGAACGCGAAAAGGGCUGUUUGGGCGAGGAUUUGGUAGGCUUUGGCAUGGAAACCCCGCUUCAUCGACUGUCCAUCAGUCGGCAUGCCGCUUGUUGAGAACAUACGCCAAAACAUAUGCUGUAUACCAUCUUGUUUAGAUUUCAUCUGUAAAUUUUAUAGACGUAGUCUGGAACCCCUAUCUAAAAUGUAGACCGUGGCGACGCAUUUGCUAUAAACCCAUCCGUUGACAAGUUGUCAUCAUCGUGCUUUUGCCGUGCCAAAACAAGUAAUUAGCAUUCACUAAUUCAAAUUU